AUGAACGGAGCGGUGGUGCUGUUUUUAGACAGCGUGUUGAAGGUGAACGAGGUGGUGGUGUCGGGGGUGGUCAUCAGAGGCAUUGUGGAGGAGAUCAAAGAGUUCCUCCGGAAGACCAAGCAGACGUGGCACGUCAAGGUGGAGGACCACUUCCCGUGCAGGGAUAAGUUCUACCUGUCCGCCACUUUCCUGACGUGCAGGGACGAGAGAGGAGCCUUCACGCCACAGGAGUUCUACAGGCUCAAAAAGAUCCUGAUUGCUGCAGUUUGUGCAGAGGCGUACAACCCCAAUGACGAAGAGGACGACGAUGCAGAGCCUCAGGUUGUGCAUCCAAAAACAGAUGAGCAGCGGCUCAGACUUCAGGAUGCUUGUCGAGACAUCUUACUGUUUAAAACACUGGAGCAGGAGCAGUUCUCUGAGGUUCUGGACGGCAUGUUCGAGGUGCUGGUCAAAGCUCAGGAGCACAUCAUAGACCAGGGAGACGACGGAGACAACUUCUAUGUCAUAGAGAACGGUGUGUAUGAUAUUUUUGUGCAGAAGGACAAAGUGAGUGUGUGCGUUGGAAAGUAUGACAACAAGGGCAGCUUUGGUGAGCUGGCUCUCAUGUACAACACGCCGCGAGCUGCUUCAAUCAUUGCAACACAGGACGGCGCCCUGUGGGGCCUGGAUCGAGCCACAUUUCACAGAAUGAUUGUUAGAAAUAAUGUGAAGAAGAGGAGGACGUAUGAGGCCUUCAUAGAGUGUGUUCCUCUUUUGAAGUCUCUUGAGCUCUCUGAGAGGAUGAAGAUUGUAGAUGUUGUGGGAGCCCGAGUGUUCAAAGAUGGAGAGUGCUUAAUAACGCAGGGGGACGAGGCCGACUGUUUCUACAUUGUGGAAUCAGGGGAGGCGAAGAUAAUGAUAAAAAGCAAAGUGAGUGCCGUCGAGCAGCACAGCGUGGAGGUCGAGGUGGCUCGCUGCUCUAGAGGGCAGUAUUUUGGGGAGCUGGCACUGGUCACCAAUAAACCUCGUGCAGCAUCGGUUUACGCUGUGGGAGAAACCAGAUGUUUAGUGAUUGACGUCCAGGCUUUUGAGCGUUUGCUGGGACCCUGUAUGGACAUCAUGAAGAGGAACAUUUCCCAGUAUGAAGAACAGCGGGUGGCACUAUUUGGCUCCAGUGUCGAUUGAAACAAUGGACAGUUUUAAAAUAAAGCAGUAUUGAAGUACAGUGAACUCCCCUUAAGGUAAAUGUAAUUUAGAACCUUCCCUUUUAAAUUCAGCAGCAUGUGUUGAACUCCAAGAAUACGGUCAGACUCACAAUUGUCAGUUUUAAAUGGUAAACAUUAAUGCAGAACCAGAUAAAUCUAAUUGUUUUGUUGAUGCGGUGUCAUGCCAUGUCCAGACGCCUUUUCAGCUGACAAGCUGCCUCAACUGACAUCCCUUGAGGCAGCUUGUCAGCAUUCAUGCGGCGCCCUCUAGGCACACGAGUGCCACACACACACAUGUUCUCGUGUGUCGGAGUAUUCCCCAGACGUCGAGUUUCCAGCCCAGUUACUGAACAAUCCAAAUAAAGUAUUAGAAUAAAAAAUUAAUGAAUCCAUUAGUCUUUGCACUGGCGGUGCAGUCCCAUUGACAGUUGUGUAAUGCAUGUUCAUUUGUCGUUGUCCCCGCUUGAUUAUUUGAUCAAAGGGCCGCACCGUUUGGCUUUUGAAGUCGGCAAGCUGUCAACACCUUCUGAUGUAUGGUAUGAACUGUAACCUUGUUUUUAAGAACUGGCAUGUCUUGAGCAUUACAGUUAACUCACAAAAGGUUUAGCUCAAAAGACAUGCUUAGCAAAUAAUAAAAAAUCUUAAAUAUUCAAGUUUUCUUGAGUUUGUUUUAUUUGAGUUACAAAAUAUGAAGUGCAAUCAGCAGACUCCACAGGAGAGUUUGCCAACCUUCUUGUGUUACAAGUAUUUACACCCAAAAAUCAAGGAUAUCCAUCUAAAUUUCACAUACUUUGCAUUCUGGUUUGUCCCAGAGUUCAAGUCUCUGUUAAGUUGUCCAAGUUCCAUUGACAAAGUUUAAAUAUUUAAAAUAUUUACAAGUCCUGUAUUCAAAAACUCCCAAAUCAUAAUGUGGCUUGUUCAAUGCAAAGGCAGGUGCCCAAAAUGUAACUUGCUUCAGUAUUGAGGAAAAGAGCAGAGCUGGUGGAAUUAAAAGGAGCUGUUAAACGAACGUGGUCCUCUACAGAGUCUCCAUAGUUUUACAGUUAAUUCUUCCUCCUCUAAAAGAAAGCCUGGACAAGAUAGUCUGUACAUCAUUAUUUAAAAUUACACAUUGAAAUGUCUUUUUAGCCAUUGCAACGCAAAAGCUUCUAUGAUCCAGAAAUGAAUAUGACAAUCAAUAAAAGACAGAUGAAAGAAAAAAAAGGCCACCAAGAUAGUCACUCGUUCAUCAAAUAUCCUGAUUUUUUUCUUCAGAGCAUCUUCGAACAUUAAAAUAAAACUCCAAUAAAUAGAAAUACAGCAGAGAAAUGGUCAAAUAAGACUGAUUCUGGUUUGUUCCAUCUCCGAGUUCUUUUGAGAAGGAGAAAAAUACCAGAUGGGCUGUGACAAAAGAAAAAAUAGA